GAUAAGACAGGGCGUGACAUAAAAAUGGUAAAGGGUUCUGAGACUUCUGAGAGUGUGUGACAAAAUUUUACAUUGCAUGAUGUUUAUGCUACAGCUUGCCUGUGUUGUUACCAGUAUUUCAAACUUAGAUUGUCACUGCGAGACAUUUGUCGUGAAUCUUAAUUCUCUGAUUGUGUUGUUAUGUAUAAAAUUUUAAAAAGAAAAUACCAAUAUAAGUACCUAGGCAGUAUAGUAUUAAAUAUACCAAUAUAGUACUAAAUAUUUCUGAAAAAUAAACAUAAAAAUGAUGAUAUUAAAUUAAGAUUUUGUCAGCUUCUGAUUUUCAAAAUGACACAGUCACAACAAGUGAUAGAAGAAUUGCAUGAUUGCUAUAUAAAAACAGCUGCUAAUUUAAUUUCUUACUAUGGAGGGAAUGAGCUAAAGGAAAAACUACAAGAGAUGAGAGAUAUUGUAAAAAAUAACUGUAUUAUAGACAAGAAGCUGAAAGCACUGGAAAACACAAAAAAUAAUUUAUUAAACUCAUAUGAUGAUGAAAGUACUGAGGCUGAUAUUGAAACCAUUGUACAAGAAUAUAAGACUUUUAUAACUGAGAUUAAUACUGAUAUGUCAGAUGACAAUAGAUUGAUAAAUUUUGAUAGACAAGUAGAAGCAUUAUUAGAUAAAAUAGGAGACGAUGAAGAUAAUGAAGACGAAGAAAUGCAGUUAACUGGGGGCUACAUAAAUGUAAUUGAUCCAAUUUCUAAAAAGAGGAUUGUAGAUCCUGUAAAAAAUAAUGUAUGUGGACAUACUUAUGAUAGAGAAAGUAUUACACAAAUAUUAAAAAUAAAUAAGAAAACCAGGUGUCCUGUGAUAGGCUGUAAAAGUACAGAGUUUGUAAAACUUCAAGACCUACGUGUAGACUUUGUAACAAAAACAUAUCUUGAAAAAAAUCCUGCAUAAUAUACAUUAAUAAUCCAUUAAUAAAUGGACCAUGAGAAAAAAAGUUGUAUAUUUUAUAAGAUAUAUAGUAAAUAUACCUAUAUACAUAAAGUGUAAAGUUUAAUUUUUAUACUUGAAACAAAAAUAAAUAAUGUACAUAGCAGUA